UGUCGGAUGUGAGUAUGAAAAUCCAUUUUAGAAUUCUGUCUAAUAUUAUACAUAAAUCUCGGGAUCAACUUAUUUCAAACUCAAGGUUCGUGGGAGUAUAACGAUUGUGGUGAACCAUUAUGCUAAGUCACCUCUGAUUGUUGGCUUGCUUUUGUUUGGUUCUAAAGGUAAUAAUAAGAAUGAACAAAGGUUUGCAAAAGAUAGAGCGUAAAAUUCUGCAUCUCCUUCACAACACCAGAACCCAAACUGAUCUCCCACAAAUCCACGCCCACUUCCUCCGCCAUGGGCUCCACCAAUCCAACCAAAUCCUCUCCCAUUUCGUCACCGUCUGCGCCUCUCUUCAACAAACCCCUUACGCCACACUCAUCUUCAACCAUACCCAUAACCCCAACAUUCUCCUCUUCAACUCCAUCAUCAAAGCCCAUUCUUCAUUCCCUCCUUUCCAUCAAUCCUUCCACUUUUUCUCUCUUAUGAAAACAACCCACGCCAUUUCCCCUGAUAAUUUCACUUUCCCGCCUUUACUCAAAGCCACUUCCAAUCUCCGCCACUUCAAACUUGGUCAGUCCCUUCACGCCCACGUCACUUCACUUGGAUUUUAUCCUCAUAGUCCCGUCCAAAUCGGGUUGCUUGAGCUUUACUCCACUUGUGGGAAAAUGCAAGAUGCUAACAAGGUGUUUGAUGAAAUGCCUCACAGAGAUGUUGUUGUCUGGAACUUGAUGAUUCAUGGGUUUUGCAAGUUGGGUAAUUUGGAAAUGGGUUUGAAGCUUUUUAAGGAGAUGAACCAACGCAGUGUUGUGUCUUGGAACCUUAUGAUUUCUUGUUUAGCGCAGAGUAAGAAAGACGAGAAAGCUCUUGAACUUUUUAGUCAAAUGUUGGAGUUGGGUUUUGAACCUGACGAUGCAACGUUGGUCACGGUACUGCCCGUUUGUGCUCGCCUAGGAAAUGCUGAUGUUGGUGAGUGGAUUCAUUCAUAUGCAGAUGAAAAGGGACUACUGAGAGAAGUUAUUCAUGUGGGAAAUGCUCUUGUGGAUUUCUAUUGUAAAUGUGGUAACUUAGAAGUUGCAUGGAAAAUUUUCAAUGCGAUGAUGAAUAAAAAUGUUGUUUCUUGGAAUGCAAUGAUAUCUGGUUUGGGUUAUAAUGGAAAGGGUGAACUUGGUGUUGACUUGUUUGAAGAGAUGGUGAAAGAAGGGGUAACCCCUUCUGAUUCUACUUUUGUUGGUGUUUUGGCGUGUUGUGCUCAUGCUGGUUUGGUCGAUAAAGGAAGAGAACUUUUUGAUUCUAUGACUGCGGAGUUUAAGCUUACGCCAAAACUGGAGCACUAUGGAUGUGUUGUUGAUUUACUUGGUCGUUAUGGGCAUGUCAGGGAAGCUUAUGACUUGAUUCGAAUUAUGCCCGUGACGCCAAAUGCUGCCUUAUGGGGUGCUUUGCUUAGCGCUUGUCGCAGUUAUGGCGAUAGGGAAGUUGCUGAAAUUGCAGCUAAAGAGCUUGUUCAUCUUGAACCAAAGAAUUCUGGAAACUACGUGUUGUUGUCGAAUGUUUAUGCUGAAGAAGGGAAAUGGGAUGAAGUUGAGAAAGUCAGAGUGUUGAUGCAGGGAGGUGGCAUCAAGAAAGUUCCAGGGCAGAGUGCAACAGGAUAGUGUCAAGAAAUAAUUUUCUUUUAGACAAUUUAACUGAAAAGGUUGUUUCAUGGAGAUUGGAGGAUGCCACCAAUUUCAUGAUGUAUGGGUAUUUCAAGACAAAUAUCAGUCGAGCCAAUUCUGACAUUUUAUGGUUUGGAAUUGAAAAGGAGCUAGUGGUUUGAUUAUGUAAAACUAAAGUUUGGCUCGAGUGCUCACUAUACACUGCAUCAUGCAGCAAUACUUAUCAUGAUACGCUAAUUUUGUGCUCUUUAGAUUAAGAAGAAUCCAUGUAUCAAGUGUGUCCAUGUAACAUAUUUAUGUAUUUGGUUGAAAUAUUUCAUUAAAAAUGGAAGUUUUGCUCAAAUUGUGUUGUAUGAUAACAUAAUACAUACUUUUAGAA